AUGUGUACCAAUAAUGGAAGCAACCUCAGUGCAGAAGGUCGGUUGAUCAGAGACCUGAUUGACACGGGCUACGACCCUAGAGAGAGACCGUUACGUAACAAUCGCGAUAUAGUCUAUGUUGAUGUGCUAUUCGUCUUGUUCGCUUUGUUUGAGCUGAAUGACCGUCGGCAAGUUGUCAGUGGUUCGGCUUGGGUAGAAUUGAUGUGGAAGGAUCCACGCCUUUCAUGGAAUGAGACCGAGUAUGACGGGAUUCAGUAUCUUAACCUCGACCCGGAAACUAUCUGGAUGCCACGGGUCAUCAUGCAGAAUUCUGCCAUGGAAUCGUUGGAAGACCCGUUUGCCAUGCAUCACAGCUACGCCAUCAUCUUCUCUGACGGGUACAUCCGGGUCACCGUACCAGCUCGUUUCGUCACCUUCUGUCUCACCAACGUGGUCAACUUCCCCUUCGACAACCAGACCUGCACGGUGACCGUCAGCAGCCCGAGCAUGCCCGGUGCUUCGUUCACGCCGCGGAACCUGGCGUCGAAGAUGGGCGACGUUCCGAGCAACCAGUGGGAAGUGGGACUAGGCGACGUCUAUGAGACAGUCCACAUGGAUCCCCGAAUCAACAUGAACUACUCCAAGAUUCACUUUGAGAUCACGCUGACACGGAAGUCGUAUUACUUCGUCAUUAACCUCAUGUUGCCGUCGUCCCUGAUCAAUGCAAUGUCGCUAGUUGCGUUCUGGGUUCCCCUGGACUCGGGGGAAAAACUCUCGACAGCAGUGUCGCUUCUCCUCGGCGUGGUCGUCUUCCAGAUUGUCGUCACAGACAUGCUUCCUGUCAGUGAUGGCGACAUGCCCUUGCUCGCCCGCUACAUUUUCGUCAACUUUCUUGUGUCAUGCGGAUGCCUCCUCAGUUGCAUAAUAAACUUCAACAUCUACAAAAGCGCGCGAAAGAUACGCGGCCGUUUCUGGCGCGCUUUCUGGUUUGGUUUCCUGGCAAAGAUCGUCUGCGUACGAAACGACUUCGGCAAAAAAGAAAAAGAAACUGUUGCGAAUAGUCAACCAAAACCUGGGGAAAUCGGCUCCGGGCAAUUGAUUUGGCGAUACAGACAUGGGAGGCAAACACCAAACGGUAGUAUCCAUAGCAACCGGUCCAGCCCUCCUCCAAGUAGACCAUCAUCCAUUGAUGGAGACAGGCAUCCCUCUUCAAACGGCAUUUCAUCAGGCGCAGGAAAGGAACAAGAAAAGGAUAAAGUAAAGGAGGAAAGGACGGAAAUGGAGGUCAUUGCCGAGAUCGUCAACCGCCUCAUCUUCAUCAUGUUCUUCAUCCUGUAUUUAAGUUUUCUUAUAUAUUGGUUUGUGAUGCAGAAUUUCCCCUCGUCGCCUAUUUGGACUUGA